AUGGAUGACCCGGCGAGCCCGACCAUCUACCGUGUCUCGGGCCCCGGCCCGUACCCUGAACCCGGCCGACCCGGCUUCCCCCCGAGCAUACGGCCCCGGCAGGUGACGCUCCGUGACCGACAGACUAUCGCUACCGUAGUGCCCUUCGCAUCGAGCUCCGAGGUGCCACCUUCGUUGUUGAAGUAUCUGUCCGACCAGUUUGCCAAGGAAAUCGAGGGUGGUGACAGCUAUCCCAUGAUCGAGCCGAUGCCCCUCGAGAAGUACUCGGCAUACUGGUUCCAGAACUUUGCCGGCAUCAUGCUGCUCGGGACUAUUGACGGCCCCGAGCAGGUUGUCGAAGGCAAGGACUGGUCCAAGGAAUGUCUCGGAAGCUUCUACAUCAAGCCCAACUACCCCGGUCGCAGCAGUCAUGUGUGCAACGCCGGUUUUCUGGUCACCGACGCCGCGCGGAACCGUGGCGUGGGCAGGCUCAUGGGUGAGAGCUACCUGGACUGGGCCCCGAGGCUGGGAUACACCUACUCCGUCUUCAACCUGGUCUACGAGACCAACGUCGCAUCGUGCAAGAUCUGGGAUGCCCUCGGCUUCAAGCGCAUCGGGCGUGUAAAGGGCUGUGGCAACCUCAAGUCCUACCCCGACCGCCUCGUCGACGCCAUCAUCUACGGGCGCGACCUCGGCGAGGCACCUGGAGACGCUACUGACGGGCCGGUGAGUGAAGAACGAUUCGACAAGAUCAAGUUUUACCUCAAGUACGGGAAAUACCCGAACGGAUCUGACCGCGCCGAGAAAAGCAGACUUCGUAGUGCGGCCACGCAUUAUAAACUCCUCGAAAACGACGUCCUGAUGCUGAAAGACAAGGAGGUCAUCAGUGAUCCUGUGCGCCAGCUGGAUAUCGCCAAGAACGUCCACGAGGCUGGUAACCACGCUGGGAUCAACAAGACCACGGCAACCAUUGCAGAGCGCUACCACUGGAGUCGGAUCAAGGAGACUGUCUCCGAUAUAAUUAGGCUAUGUUCUGAAUGCAAGGAAUUGGGCAAGGUGCCUCUCCCAAAUGCCGCGACACGAAGAGCAGUAGUGAAUCAUGUGGUGGUCCCUGGUAACGCUCCGGACGACGUCAACCCACCACCCAGUGCAGCCUCUAUAGCCGGGCAAGCCGCUGGGAUAGGGAGGGUUCUAGAUCUUCGACUGCCGCCGAAGCCGAAGCCAGCCCAGUAUGAGAACCACAGUGACAUCGCAUCUCUGCUGAAUCCAAUGCAUCCAAUGGAUCACUCAGGGGCUUCCGGUCUGCACGCUAGUGAUCCAAUGCUGCUAACACAAGCGCACACCCAUCACCAAGCACACCACACGGCCGUCCCUUUUUCAAUGCUUCAUGGUGACCCAACCAGCAUGUACUCGCCUAUAGACCCGCAAAUUAUUUCAGACUCGGUGCACCAAGGAGGACAUGAUACCUUCGAUGCGUUCCAUGACCUUUCUCAACACGCCCAGUCUGACCACACCCCUCUGCCCGGUCAUGAAUCGUACCACCACCACAUGGGCCAUCACCAUCCUCAUCCCGAUGAUCCAUCGUUGCAGCAACUCCAGGACUUUCUUCACGACGAUCCUGACGAUAUGCCACAAGGGCUCGGCCACGCCGGAGCGGCACAUCACUCUGUAGCGCUUCAGCAUGAGCUUCAGGACGUGCACGACCAAGCUGCUGUCGACAGGGAUAUUGACAUGCUCAUCGAGCAUCAUGACGAUUCAGAUGUGGACAAUCUGGAUGAUGCGGUUCUUGACGGCCGUGACGACCAACGACAGCGUGACAGGCGGCGUGAUUCAGAAAUCAGUGCGGAGAAAAGAGAUAGGCACAACACGGUGUCUGAAGAUGACCGGUCACCAAAGCGGCGCAACUGGGACCAUGUCGUCUUCGACGUGCCGUGA